CUGUACAAACCAAAACAGAUAUGGCCACCCCAGCAAUGCUACCUCCCCAGAACUCAGCUGUUGCUCCAGCUUCUCAUAGUUCUGCAACUGUGAAAGUGCUGUCUGAAUCACCUGAUCUCAACUCCAUCCCUUCUAACUAUGUUCACUCAAGUAGCUAUGAGGAAUCUCCUGAUUCCUCAGAUGCUGAGGAUUCAAGUUUAAUACCUGUCAUAGAUUUCUCCCAGCUCACCUCAAAUGACAAUGAUCAAAAGUCCAAGGCCAUCCAAGUCCUUGGCAAAGCUUGUGAAGAGUGGGGUUUCUUCAUGGUGGUGAAUCAUGGUAUCCCAGAUAGCUUGAUGAAGGCAGUGAUUAAUGUCAGUAACGAAUUCUUCAACAUGCCCGAGGAGGAUAAGAAGCAGUUUGAAGGUAAACAUUUAUUAGACCCCAUCAGGUGUGGCACUAGCUUCAAUUCCUCAAAAGAGAAAGCUUUUUUCUGGAGAGAUUUCUUGAAGGUCGUUGUGCAUCCUGAAUUUCACUGUCCCUCUGAUCCCCAGGGUUUCAGUGACCUUAUGUUGGAAUAUUCUGAAAAUUGCCGGAAAGUGGUUAAGAAAUUACUGGGAGCAAUAUCAGAAAGUCUAGAUCUGGAUGAGUGUGUCAUCAACGAAGCCAUGGGAUUGGACUCGAUGCUUCAAAAAUUCAAUGUAAAUUACUACCCACGCUGUCCUCAGCCUGAGUUAGCAAUAGGCCUGCCACCACACUCAGAUCAUGGCCUUCUGACCCUUCUCAUACAUAAUGAAGUCGGAGGACUGCAGAUAAUGCAUAAAGGAAAAUGGAUCAACGAUAACUGGAGUGCCCUUCCCAACUCCCUUCUGGUCAACAUUGGCGACCAGCUUGAGAUAUUUAGCAAUGGGAAAUACAAGAGUGUGUUGCACAGAGCUAUGGUAAAUAACGAAAUGACAAGAAUAUCGGUAGCCCUAACCCAUGGUCCAUCACUUGAGGCAAUUGUGAGGCCGGCUUCUCCACUGGUGCAAAGAACAGGUUGCUGCCCAGCGUAUAGUCCUAUGACAUACAAGGACUACUUAUAUUUACAGCAGAGUAAUCACCUUGAUGGGAAAUCUUGCUUGGAUCAUGUGGUGAAUCAUGGAAUCCCAGAAAGUUUGAUAAACUCAGUGAUUGAUGUUUCUAAUGAAUUCUUCAACAUGCCCAAGGAGGAUAAGAAGCAGUUUGAAGGUAAACAUGUAUUAGACCCCAUCAGGUAUGGCGCCAGCUUCAAUUACUCAAAAGAGAAAGCCUUAUUCUGGAGAGACUUCUUGAAGGUCUUUGUUCAUCCCGAAUUUCACUUUCCCUCUGAUCCACAGGCUCUCAGUGACCUUAUAUUGGAAUACUCUGAAAAUUGCCGGAGAGUGGUUAAGAAAUUACUGGGAGCAAUAUCAGAAAGUCUAGGCCUGGAUGAGUGUUUCAUCAACGAAGCCUUGGGGUUGGACUCGAUGUUUCAACUUUUCAAUGUAAAUUACUACCCACGCUGCCCUCAGCCUGAGCUAGCAAUAGGCCUGCCACCACACACAGAUUAUGGCCUUCUCACCCUUCUCAUACAUAAUGGAGUCGGAGGACUGCAGAUAAUGCAUGAAGGAAAAUGGAUCAAUGACAACAGGAAUGCCUUUCCCAACUCCCUCCUGGUCAACGUUUGUGACCAGCUUCAGAUAUUUAGCAAUGGGAAAUACAAGAGUGUGUCGCACAGAGCUAUGGUAAAUAACGAAAUGCCAAGAAUAUCAGUAGUCGUAAGCCAUGGUCCACAACUGGAGACAAUCGUGAGGCCGGCUUCUCCACUGGUGCAAAGGACAGGUUGCUGCCCGGUGUAUGGUCCGAUGACGUACAAGGACUACAUCCAUUUAAAGCUGAGUGGGAAAUCUUGCUUGGAUCAUCUAAGAAUCCAGAAGAGCUGACCUUCAUUUUAGCGUCUGUAUCCCUUUGCCCCUUGUUUUAGGAUUGUAAAAUGUGUCCAUUUCAAUGUGGCUCACAAUAAUUGUUUCCCUCUAUAUGAUGAGGUAUGUUUAGCUGAUCCACUAUACCUUGCAAGGCUAUGGAUACAGUUAUACUCUCCUUAAGCUUUAUCUGAAAUGAUUGUGAUUAGUGUUAUCA